ACUUUCUUAUAACUCUUUGUUACAAAUAUAUGUUAAUUAUAAAUUAUAUUUAUUAACUUACCUUAAUGCCAAAAUAGCUGCACAAACACAUGAAAAAUGCAAUAAAUUGAGUACAAUAUAUUAUAUGAGAUACUUCCUUCACAAGGUAACUGUGGGAACAGAAUGAGUGAGCACUUUUCACUUUGUUUACAGCUCAAAGUAGUCUGGUGCAGUAAACCUGUCACUUGGGCUCAUACCCUGAUUUUUAUUCAGAUCCGUUUACAAAAAUUUGUUGGCUCACAUCCUGAAAAUCUUGUGUCUAGAGGCACUAUAGUAUCUAUAAUUUUUCACAAAUGACCUGUUAAUAGCUUACAUAAGUUUUCAUGUAUUCAAAUGCUUCACAUGAUUGAAUUUUACUUUUUUAAUGAAUAAUUUUUUAAUGUUGUUGUAUGAUAUUUUUCAUUGGAUUUUUUAGACUCAUUACUCCCACAGAAGAAAAAAUUAUUGCGGUUGCACUGUUUGAAGAUAAAGAACUUGAAAAAAUUAUUUUGGAAUCUGACACAGAGACAACAUACGAUUCACUACAAUUUCCUCAUUUUUCUCAGUCAGUCAAUAGUGAAAUAUCGCAUUUAGAACAACUUGUACAAUCUCCUGAACAAGUUUCAAGUGAGAAAUCUUUGCAAUUGAAGCCUUCACAGACUUAUAGACAAUUGCAGUCUCCAAAAUCUUCACCAAACAAACCCUAUCUUAAACAAUCUCAGUUGGAGAAGUUUUUAAAGCAUUCUCCUGAACAUUUUCAGUUGGAAAAGCCGUUGCAUAACAGUUCUGUUUCUGAACAUUUUCAGUUAGAGAAACCUCCAGAAUCUUCUCAUUCUAAAGUAUCUGUAUAUCCAGCAAAGGAUGCUAAUUCAGAUGAUUUUAUUCCCUCAAAAAAUCCAGUUCAUGUGAACAGACCUUUGCAACCAGAGCUGUCGUCAGAAUCAGAUCUUGAGGAGGACUUUGCACAUUUACUUCAAAACAAAAGUGUGGCUUCUAAAAACGCAAAAAUCUUGCAAAUUAGGGACUCAGACAGUGAAGAUACAAGUGACUGUGAUAAAAAUGCUGAUUUUCGGUUCUUAACCCCUACAAUGUUUAAAAAGGAUGCUCCUAAACAGCCACAGACAAAAUUUGUGUACCUAUCAGAUAGCGAAUCUAAUGGAUCUUCUAUUAUAACUACUUUUGUGGAUAGCCAACCAACAGAUCCUAGUUGGAAGGAACAUAGUCGCCAUCUGAAUAAACUUUCAACUCGGAAUAAACGUGUUCCACCAAGUAAACCUGCUGUUCGAGAUAAACGCAUUCCACAGAAUAAACCCGUUUUUCAAGAUAAAGGUAUUCCAGAAAAUGAAGAUACUUCUGAAAAUGAAAACACUAAACAUGCAGUCAAUUCUGAAAAUGAAGAUGCUAACUGUACAGAUAAUUCUGAAAACAAAAAUACUACCCAUGCUGUUGCUACUAGAAUCAAAACUGCUACUCAGCCUAAACUUGUUGUUCAAAUUUGUGAAACUAGACAAAGGCCAGUUAAAAAGAGAAAACUUUAUCAACCAUCUAAGCAUCCAGUAGCUAUAUCUUAUCAGCUAGGUAGUAAACAAGUCAAUAAGAAAAGUACUAUUCCUAACAGUUUAAUUCCUUCAUUUUUUAAUUCUUUAGCAAGUGAAACUAAUGAGGUUAAUCAAGAUUGUGUCUUUAGAACAGAAAAACGUAAGUUACAUACACUUUUGUAAUAAAAUACACAAAUAAAUCUGUUUUAAAAUUUUGUUUGGACAAAACAAAUUGUACUAAUUGUUAACUCUGUUACUUAGAAUUGUUUUUAACUAUUCUAAUAUUUAAUAUAAUUACUUAUUUGCUGUUAGAUUUUUUAGUUUUAU